UCUAUCUCAAUCAACAAAACUAAAUCCUCCAUUGUUAUUGAAAUAAUCUACUAAAGCUAUUGCAACAAUGGCAGACCGUGAUCGCGAUCGUGACCGUACUGAUACUCGAGGUGAUCCAAAGCAAGUUCAAGUCCAUACUACAACAACCUAUCCAGCUUAUGUGGGUCAGAAGGGUUCAUGGACGGGCUCAUGGACGGGCUCAUCGUAUGGAAGUGGUGGCGGCCCAACAGCUUCUCAAGUUGUAGCUCUUAUUACCCUUGUACCUCUUAGUGGGACUCUCCUUUUCUUGGCGGGUCUUACUCUUGUCGGGUCGAUAAUCGGGCUUGUUAUCACCACCCCGGUUUUCCUCCUUUUCAGCCCAGUUCUAGUCCCUGCUGCCCUUUUAUUGGGUCUAGCAGUAACCGGGAUUCUAUCUUCGGGUGCGUUUGGUCUUUCGGGCCUUUCAUCGCUUUCGUGGGUAGCAAAUUACCUUCGUCAGGCGGGUCAUACAGUGCCGGAUGAUUUGGACUAUGCAAAACGGCGUGUGGCGGAUAUGGCAGCUUAUGCAGGCCAGAAAACCAAGGAUGUGGGCCAGACUAUUGAGAGUAAGGCCCGUGAAAGUGGAACUCACCCUUACGGCAGCACUCAUUCUACUACUACAACAGGGGUGACAGCCAGAGCUUAAGUGAUGGGUUUGGGCGGGCCUGGUGGGGUUAAUGUGUAAAUGAGCAAGUUUGUUUUGUUGUUUUUUGUAUGUGUUAUGUAAUAAUUUUAAGAGUUCAACGUAUGUUUCUGGUUGAUCUGCCUUGUUUAUGGAAUAUGGAC